AUGGAACCAGCGAACCAGUCAACCAGCGAACCAGUCAACCAGCGAACCAGUCAACCAGCGAACCAGUCAACCAGCGAACCAGUCAACCAGCGAACCAGUCAACCAGCGAACCAGUCAACCAGCGAACCAGUCAACCAGCGAACCAGUCAACCAGCGAACCAGUCAACCAGCGAACCAGUCAACCAGCGAACCAGUCAACCAGCGAAGCAGAUUUCUCCCUUCUGCAUCUUCAAAGCAUCUUCAGAGCAUCAUCUAAGAAUCUUCACAGCAUUAUCUAAGAUCUUCAAGGCAUCUUCAAAGCAUCAUCUAAGCAUCUUCACAGCAUCUUCACAGCAUCAUCUAAGCAUCUUCACAGCAUCACCGGAGUAUCAGUACCGAUCAUAG